AUGAAAAUGUCGGUUAAAGUGGCAGUAGCCUUACUUGCGUUCCUCGCGUUCGUUGAUAGUCAAAGCUUAAUAGAUGCGCUCAUUAAGCCAGUAGAAGUCCCCGAAUCUCACGAUGACCAACCCAACAGAAACUGUUUGUGUAAAGGACCGGCCUGCGUUUGUUGCGUGGAUUUUAAUGUUACAUUUCUUAAUCUUGGAGGACCGGGAUGUGUGCACAUGAAAUAUAUCUCGCCCGAAGAAGGAUUUUCAGUUAAGGUUUCUUACGACAAAAGCCUUUUACACAGUUCCAAAAUAAAAGGAUCAAACCCAGCCCCAGUAUGUCUAGGAUUGUUUGGAAAGCAUGCAGAAGUUUGUGCCAAGUUCAAUGAUCUAGCACCGACUUCUGAUGGACUCCGUGGCUGUCUGGAGGUGCAAUUAAGGCUACUUGGAGACUCUCAAUUAGAAUUUCCAAUUGGAUGCUUCAGAUCUUCUGCAGGCGGAAUGGAAAUGGAAGACCCACCAGCAGAACCAGAAGCAGAAGAAGAAACAACCGAAGAAAGUACCACUGAAGACAGUAGUGCCUUUGACGCCGAAGCCUUUUUAUUGAACAUUUAUCAAACGGCAGAACAAGGUGUUGCUUUCCUCGGCAGCCUUUUAGAUCUUCCGGCGAAGAAAAAUGAAACAACUACAAUUAAACCUGUAAUAAACGACGCACAAGAAUCUGAAUCACAGAGAAGAUCUCCCAAACACUUAAAACAUCCUAACCAAUUG